AACGCUGUCGGCCGCUAGAAAGUCCAGCUCACUUUGCCUUUUGCAUCUUCUCGCCACCAUGGUCGCCAUCAUCCGCAAGCCUGCCCCCGCCUUCACGGCCCCCGCUGUCGUCAACGGCGAGUUCGAGGACAUCUCGCUCUCGGACUUCAAGGGCAAGUACGUCGUGCUCUUCUUCUACCCGCUCGACUUUACCUUUGUGUGCCCGACCGAAAUCAUUGCCUUCUCGGACCGCGUCAAGGAAUUCGAGGCGCUCAACACGGUCGUCCUCGCGGCCUCGUGCGACUCCAAGUUCUCGCACUUGGCGUGGAUCAACCAGCCCCGCAACGAAGGCGGUCUCGGCCACAUGGCGAUUCCGGUCAUCUCGGAUGUCACCAAGAAGAUUGCGCGUGACUAUGGCGUCUUGAUCGAAGACGGCGAGGACGAGGGUGUCCCGUUCCGCGGCCUCUUCAUCAUUGACGACAAGGGCACGCUCCGCCAGAUCACGAUCAACGACCUCCCGGUCGGCCGCAACGUCGACGAGAUCCUCCGCCUCGUCCAGGCCUUCCAGUUCACGGACGAGCACGGCGAGGUCUGCCCUGCUGGCUGGACGCCCGGUGCCGACACGAUGGUCGCCAACCCCAAGGACUCCAAGGCCUACUUUGAGGAAGCCGACAAGAAGCGCAAGGCCCACUAAACGAUACUAGUCGCUAGAACUCGAUUAACCUUGAAAACUUGUUUGUCCGUACA